AUGACUCAUUUGAAAAUGAUCUCUUGGAAUGUUAGGGGACUGGGGAAAUCAGAAAAAGUACGAGCUGUUGCUAGAUUAGUCACCAGAGUUAAACCUACCUUUCUGCUUUUGCAGGAAACUAAACUGAAUAAGUUCCAGAAUGGAUUUUGGAGGAAAUUGGGAGGGAAAUUUAAGGCUAGCAAUUUUGAUUGUGUUAUUAUUAACGUAUAUGGUCCGGCAGUAGAGGCCGAUAAGGAGGUUUUCUUCAGGGAGCUGAGCAGUUUUGUGCAUACUCUAGAGUUGCCAGUGUGUGUAGGGGGGGAUUUCAACGCCUACCUCGAUCCAGAGGAGAAAAUUGGGGUGGCUCAAAAUUGGCAUUUUGUGGAUAUUUUUAACGCUUUUAAUUUUCCGAAAGCAAUUCAAAAGUUGUUACCUAAAUCCCUAUCUGAUCAUAAUCCUUUGUUGCUUGAAGAAGAUUGUACAGAAUGGGGUCCUAAACCUUUUCGGUUUUUCAACUAUUUGUUAGAGGAAGAUGGGUUUGAUGGGGUGAUUCGGAACUCGAUUUUUAAUUUGAAAACGGAGAAUGGUCGACGGGGUUUGCUUAGUAUAUUACAAGGAACGAAGAAAGCAAUAAAAAACUGUCCAAACUCAAAUCAUAAGGGGUUUUCGGAGGAGAUUUCUGUUGUGGAAACAAGGAUACAUGAGUUGGAAUUGAGGUCUCAAGGUGGCGGCAUUUCUGCUCAGGACAGGGAGCAGCUUCUGCGUUGGAGGAAUGAUUUGUGGAAUUUGCACAGGAAGGAGGAAAGUAUUUGGCUACAGAAGUCAAGACAAAAGUGGAUAACGAAUGGGGAUAGAAAUACCAGAUUCUUCCACUUAUGUACCUUGAAUAGGAGCAGAGUAAAUGCAAUUUCGUCCUUGAAAGUGGCGGGUGUUGAGAUUACUGAUCCGGAUCAGAUUAGAGCUGCUAUUUCAUAUUUUUUUAAGCGCAGUUACAAUGACAAGUCAACUCUGUAG